AUGACUCCUACAGAAGCUGAGCUGGCGUUGAAGAUCCUCUUCAAGAAAUUCAACAUCAACUACAAUGCAGAAGAUGAGAUCUGGAAGAAGGGCAGUGUUGUGUACAGAAAAUUCGAAGACAGGCAAACAACCGGAGAAGCAGCUUUGGGGAACCAAUCUCCCCAACCAACCACUGAUCAAGAAAAGAAGAAGCCAAAAUCCAAAACACAAUUGGAAAAGGAGAAGAAGAGAAAACAAAAAGCAAGAGUUGUGGUCGAGCACGUUGACAUUAUCAAGGAUAAGUUCUGGCAGGAGAACCCAUGGAUCCUGGAUUAG